AUGCCCGCUCUUUCCCUCUCCGUGUCUUCCGCACCGCCCAAAUCCCAGCAUGUCGUGCUUGAAAGACCACGAAGCAAGAGCUCCUCAAGCUCGCCCUCGCUCUUCUCGCUGCCUGCACCACUUAUCCCUAUCCCGUUGGCUUUUCCGCUUCCAGUCCCAAUUCUCUCUCCAUCCGUUCCGCGAGGUCGCCGACCUCACACGGCUCCCAACCUCAACGAACCCGGCAUGCAGACGACGCCCUCCCCGCUGACCAAAAAGCCAAUCCUCCCUCACCUCAUGGUUCCAACUGAGCACUCAGAUCAAUGGCCCCCGACGCCACCGCUAAGCCCCCCAUCCACCUCCACCCGCAACGCCCUGCGUCUAUUCGCUGGUCCAGGCGGCAUGCAGCGCGUACGUGCACGACUCGCUCGGUCCAGGAGCCGCAGGCACUCCCCGCGUAGCCCCGUCGCCGGCGGCGAAAGGGGAAGAGAAAUCAAGGAGAGGUGGGACGAAGAAGACAGAAGGCUGAAGCAGGCGUUGCUGCUUGAGCAACUCACUGGCACCCGCCCGGCCCCCAAGCCUAGUCGCUGGGCCGACAAGGACUACCUUACACUGCGUGCGGGGCUACACCCUGACGCGGUUCAGGCAGCGGCUAGGCCCGCCCGCAACGAUAGGAUCGAAAACUGGCGCCGGUCGGUGGCGAUGGCGGUGCCGGAGGGUGAAUUUGUGGAGAGUCCGCAGGGGCAGGGUAAUUCUUCCGAGGACGACCUCCGCAGAAUUGUUUCCAGCGUCACGAGAAGCCUUUCAAGCAUGUCGUUCUACGUACCUCCGAGUCCUCCCAAGCGGCCGUUGCCUGUGCGCCCGGACCAGCGGAGUCGCACUCCCAGUUCGGAUUCGGAUUCGAAGACCGAGUGUACGAGUACGCUCUUGGACCGGCAUGCCCAAGCGUGUAUCGACGCCUACCGUGCCCUCACAUCUUAA